UUCAAAUUCCGUUAUGUCCAUGUCCAGUCACAGUGUCUCACUUAUUAAUGCUUGAAUCGCGAGAAUCGGGAAAUUGCGUGACUGCCAGCUGAGCAGGUGAACAUGGAUACCGGAAAUGAGGUGGAAUGUAAGUACAGCGGUCGUCAAAUGCCCGAGAACACGAUCAUAGAAGCCAGUGGUAGGGAGAACAUCAAUGACAUGGAAAAUAACCGUGUGCAAGAUGGCUUCGAAAGUUGUGCAGUGAAUAAUAAUACUUCGUACCAGGCCGGGUCGAGUGCUGCUAGUGCUACGAAAAGUAUAGGUUUGACCGGUGCGAUCGAUGAUUCAGGUAGUGGGCCUGAAGAUGGAAGCUGUAGAACAUCGCACGGAACGUCUGAUUUUGACGAAAUACCAGGUGUUUCGAUUGACGAGUCGCUCAUCCAAAAUCAAACAGUUUAUCGUUCUCUGGAUACUUCUGAAAUCACGCCCAGUGUUGUAAAUUCUGCGAUUGACCGUGCGGAGAGCAUUCUGAAAAACAAAUGUUCUUUUUCUGGAGUACGAACUACUGCUACAGGUCUUUCAUUUUCACCUUCGUGUUCCAGUGCAAACUUUUGUGUUUCGUCAUCGCGCGAGCGCAAUAAAUCAUUUUAUAACUUUGGAUCCGAGAAUAAACUUACCAUUGACUCUCUGUCUGAAUCAAAACUUGCGAUAUCCGACUAUAGUGAAGAUGAAACUGAACGUGAUAGUAGCAACCAAAGCUUGAACAACAAUUCUAGUGAAGCUCAUGAUUCUUUUUCGGGAAAGUCGGAUUCUUCGACUGAUUUAGAUAUCAAAAUUAUGGAAAACUGGAGCGCCUUGAAUCUAGCUGGUGAAGAAAGUCUCCAUGUUGGAGUUCACCGUAAAAAUGUUUUGUCGGCUUCAAGUGUGAACACGACAAGAUUUAGUGAAAAUGGGACCUUGUCUUACAUCGAUGAAAAUGCAAGCUGUGAACUCGACGGCGAUCGCGUCAAGUUCAUCAGGAAUAUAUCACUCUCCACACCUAAUUGGGACGACGAAUUAUGGAAGGAGCAUUCUACUCAUCCCCUGAUAACUUCAAAAAAGAGCAAAAAACUUAUCAAGAAAAAAUAUGGUGCGCCGCUUGUGCUGAAACCGUUUCCUAUCCAUGGUCGCCACCAUUCUGAUCUAUUGAAUGCCGGCACGAGAAAGUUCGGUUUACUUCCGUGUCCUGACUUACCUUCUUUUAAUUCUGCCGAUGAAUUAUUUCGUUUUCCAAAACCAAUUAAACUUUUGAAACGUUCUUCAAGCUUCCCAGAAACCCGUCCUCGUUUUGACCAACUUAAGACAAUUUUUUCUAACUCGAAAAUAGUGUCGAUCAGCACUCCUUCUUUGAACAAAUUACCAUCUCGCUCCCCGGAAUCGACCGACUUCGUGUCUAAAUCUAGUGGUAUAUCCUUGGUGAAAGUUGGCAGGGAUGAAUUCGACCAAUCGACUAACGGAAUUGUUGGCGACUCUUUUCUGGGCAAAAAAGCAACUAAAAUCCUCGAUAUACAGACCACGAAAGUGACUGAAAUCCCGAUGCAUGAGCACAAUUUCGAGGGAGAGGACCAUUCUACUACCAUCGCUCGUGAAAGAGUGAGUAACGAUCAGGUUCAGGAGGCAGACGAAGAUCAUCAACCUGAAUUUCAACAGAAGCAGAGGCACGUUGAGCCACCAAAAUAUGGACAUAGUGGCUUUUAUGUCCUUCCAAAAGUUGCUGUAGUUUUUCCUUUGAGGGACGUGCCGGCGUCAGACACCGGCGAGGGCGACAGCAGGGUACCGGACGCUGCCUCACACGCGGAGUUUGGUCGCUCGUCUCCAGCAGGUGAACCGCUGCACCCCGCAUCCGUGACGUCGCUGCUUGCUUCUAGCAAGCCAGUCUCCCCUGCCAAGAACAAGGCCUCGUCUAAACAUUCCUCGAAGCAUUCCUCCCCCAUAAAGACUUUGUCAACCGUCUCUGUCAACAACGUUGCUGAUAUCGAUCACACCGACUCUGUGGACUCAGAUGACCAGUCUUCCAGAGUCUCAACGGGCCUGGGCUCGCUGGAGGUGGUCGUGUGUCCGGUACAGAAGAGCCACCACGUGGGCAGGGAGAUCGUCAACACCGUAUACGCCAUCCCCAUCGACUCGCUCUUCACGUUGCUCUUCACCAACUCUAAGAUGAUGCUCGAGGUGCACGCGCUGCGCAAGACUACAGACGUGGUCGCUAGUCCGUGGCAGAGUAAGAACGAUGGUCAACAACGCCUCCGGCAGGUGACUUAUACGGUCGCGUUGCCCACCAACAGCUUUGGGCCCAAGGUUUCGCACGUCACCGAAACACAGGUGAUGUCGGAACUAACGGUGCCGGGCGAGUACUACAGCGUGGAUGCGGAGGCGAGUAACGCCGGCAUCCCGUACGCGGAGUCCUUCCUGGUCUCCAACCACUGGUGCCUGACGCGUGAGUCGUGCUCCGAGACCCGCCUCGCCGUCUACACCAGCGUCAAGUAUAAGAAGAACAUGUGGGGCUUCAUGAAGAGCGUCAUCGACAAGAACGCGUGCUCGGGCGUGGAGGGUCUACUGCAGGGAAUUGACAGCGCCCUGCAGCAGGAGGUGACGGAGCACGCCAACAUGCAUCAGCGAACACGGCGGCGGCGACGCAGAGGUACCGUCAAGCUCGAGUCUGAGGUGCCAGGGUCAGUGCCAGGCCUCAUGCCUGCCGCUGACGUCACCGCUGCUGGCACCGGCGUCGCGGCUCUGAAGGAUAAGACCAAAGCCAAACUGCCCGUCAAUAAUAUUCUCGUAAAUAGAUUACUCGGUUCGACGGCUAUGCGGCCUCCGGCGCUCGCUCGGCCCCCUGCACUCGGCAGCGGCACGGCAGCGCUGAACGCCGCGUGGCGCGACGACAGCGUCGACACGACAUCGAUGUCGUGGCCCAACUGUCGGGUGCUCAUCAUGACAUUCUUGUUGCUGCUGCUUCUCUGCACUAACCUCAUGCUCUUCUGGAGACUCACUAAGCUCGAGGAACUUGUCAGACUCCAGCCGCAUUAUGCUGCCCUCAGGGGCUUCAUGCAACUCGAUCCUGACGUCGUCAGGAAAGAAAUCCGAAGCGACGCGAUGCUUCAGAUUCUCCAGGAACAAGAGGUCGCCCACGUCAAGAUGACAGAAGACUGGAGAACUCGAAUUUCCGAAGCGGAAACACUGCUGCAUCAGGCUGAGGGCAUGUUGCGCGGCCUGCACGCGACCAUCCCGACCGAGCAGUCGGCGGCGAGCCGCGCGCUGCUGGAGCGUCUACGCGAGUCGUCGCUGUCGCUGCAAGCUGACAUAGACAGCAGCGUACAGACGGGGCCAGAAUUACCUUAUAACUUCAAUGAUCUUGAAAGUGAUAGUAGUCAUAGUAGGCAUGAAUUAUAGUUCCAUAUAAUGGAUGGUUUGAUGUUCCUCAUGUAUUAUUAGCAAUUCUUUCCUCGUGAGAAUUUUUGAAUUCUUGUUUGGGUGUAGAUUAGUGUCGUUCUUUUAUGUUUGAAUUCAUAUUGAAAAUGAAGAUUUAUUUAUACACAUUUGUUAUAUUUAUUUUAGUUCUAGUGGAGAAUAGGCGCUGUACUUAGCAGCUGAGCUGUUCAUCUCAGAAGAUGUCUCAUUCCUCCGUAGUUGCUGCGUGCCGCUACGCACGUUAUUUUACUCAGCGUCUGAUGAGAUGCUAGGGCGGAUUGCUAAAAUACAACUUUGUGAGAUCACCAGUC